AUCUUUAUCUCCUCUAUCUCUCCCUCUCUAUAAAUUACCGUCUCCACACAGUCAUUUACCUCUGGUUUCGGUGUGUUCUACCCUUGUCUUUUGGGCUUUUACGAGCUAAGGAAACAUUGAUCGGAGAUGAGUUAUUACAACCAGCAACCACCUCCCGUCGGUGCCCCUCCUCCACAAGGCUAUCCUCCGGAGGGCUAUCCAAAAGACGCAUAUCCUCCGCAAGGCUACCCUCCGCAAGGCUAUCCUCCUCAAGGUUAUCCGCCUCAAGGUUAUCCUCCUCAGGGUUACCCUCAAUACCCUCCACCACCACAACAACAGAGCAGCGGUGGCAGCGGCUGUCUUCAAGGAUGUUUGGCGGCACUUUGCUGUUGCUGCCUUCUGGAUGCGUGCUUCUGAGGUUCCUGGGAGAAGCGGAAUUUGUGUGCCUAAUGAAAUAUUGAGGGAGGUGUUUUGAUUCUAAAGAGAGAGAAUUGGGACCGUAAGAGUGAUCGACUGAUGAAGUUGAAGCUGCCCAUUUUCUGCAGCUCUCGAUUUGUUUUCGUGUAGAUUCACUCUUUUUGUUCUCUUCUUCUCGUUGUUGUCUUUUCUUAAUUUUCAUCUACCAUUUGGAACCAGCCGUUAAAUACUCUACUUUUGAUUUGGAA